ACCACCGACAAAGAUUAUAAACACCGAAGAAGAGGAAGGUCAGCUGACUGAUUCACGCCAGCAGGAGAGGAAAACAUUUAAUAUUUGUCAUUUUGUUCAUUCAUAUCUGCAUAUCUCAGCUGCAUGAAUUAAAGCUGCAGCAGCAUGAAGGGUUUGUACUGCAGAGCCGGAGUGAGCGACGCUGAGCCCAAGUUCGUCAUCCAGGAAACGAGUCUUCCAGAUGUUUUAGGCAGCCAUGUGGUCAGAGUUCAGGUGAAGGCGUGUGGACUCAGCCCUCUGGACCUCAAGUUGAUCAGUGACGUGGGGAUCCAGAAAGAUUUAAUUCCUGUCGGCAGAGAGGUGGCCGGGAUCGUCCUGCAAGUGGGAGACAAGGUCUCUUUCUUUCAGCCGGAGGAUGAGGUCGUAGGUAUUCUGCCUCUGGACUCUCCCUGCUCUGGACUCUGUGAUGUCAUCGACAUAGAUGAACACUAUUUAGUUCAGAAGCCGGAGAAGCUCAGCUCGGUGUGUGUGGCGGGAGCGCUGCGUGACGGCCUCCGUGCUUACACUGCUCUACACACAUACGCUCGCAUGGCAGCCGGACACACACUCCUGGUCAUGGAUGGAGCCAGCUCAUUUGGCCUCAUGUGCAUCCAGUUGGCGUGUUACCACGGAGUGAAGGUUCUGACGACGUCACACUCCCCGCAAAAACACACGUUCCUGGAGCAGCUUCGGCCCAGCGUAGGUCUUCAGGAUCCUUUAGCAGCCAAGGUUAUCCCAGUGUAUAAAGGCUCAUCAGACCUGCUGCCGGUGGUUUUGGAGGAGACAGGAGGGCUGGGAGUGGAUAUAAUCAUAGACUCUGGAGUGCGUCUGCAAGAGGAGCAGGAGGAAUCGGAGGAGACGAAGCUCCUCCCACACAAACAUGACAUCAUCAGCGUGCUGGGAGUGGGGGGACACUGGGUCACGUCCCACAAAGACCUGCAGUUGGAUCCUCCAGACUGCAGAUUACUGUACUUGAAAUCAGCCUCUGUGACUUUCCUCAACGAUGAAGUCUGGACGGCUUCAUCGUCGCAGCAAGGAAGAUACCUCCAUAUUCUGAAGGACAUUGUGGAGAAGAUGUCGACUGGAGUACUCAGACCUCAGCCUGAGGAGGCGGUUCCCCUCUAUGAAGCCACAGUUGCCAUGGAGACUGUCCAGCGUCACCAGAAGACAAAGGCGGUUGUUCAACUCUGACCAAAAAAAA